GUCUAAAACAAUGUCUCGACUGAAGUACCCAAAGUCCUUCUCCCCGACGGUCCGCGACUUACUAGAUAAUCUCCACGCCGCCUCAACAGCCCAGGAAGCCAACUUCGACGCAGACGCAUUCACGUUAGCCCGCGACACAUCCACGCUCCACACCCCAUCCGCCAUCGAAACCGUAGAUGCGUCCAUGCGUGACAAACUCGUCGCUAUAGACAACGACAAAGCCCUCGCCAUCUACAACCUCAUCCUCGCCCGCGGGGCCCGUCGGAUCGUCGAAGUCGGAACCUCCUUCGGCGUAAGCACAAUCUAUCUCGCGCUCGCCGCCAUCGAAUGCGGACACGCCAAGCCGGUGCAUCCCGUGCGCCCAAAAGUCAUAGCGACAGAGAAAGAAAGCAGCAAAGCCGAAGCCGCACGCCGGAACUGGAAAGCCGCGGGCGUGGACGACGUGAUUGACCUGAGAGUCGGCGACUUGCAGGAGACGCUGAGGGACGGGAUUGGAAACGUGGAUUUUGUGCUUCUUGAUAUCUGGCCGUAUCUUGCUAUGCCUGCGCUCGAGCUGCUGCUGCCGCAGCUGAACUAUGGCGCGGUUGUUGUGACGGAUAAUGUCGUCCAUGCGGCAGAGGGGUAUUCGGAUUUGCUGGGGUUCUUGAGAGGUCCCGAGGGUCCGUUUGAGAGUGUGACAUUGCCGUAUCAUGGCGGGAUGGAGUUCAGCGUGUAUAUGCCGAACACGACGGAGCGUUAGAAGGAUGCAGAGAUGCCUGUGGGGGCGGACUAGGAAUUGACAUGUCCUUGUUCUUGAGUAAAGUCAUCAGGCUUGCUCUGGAGCUUGUAGGUUGUCUUUCAAAGCAAUUGCAAUCCGCAUGUCAAUUGUAGUCAUGGCAGAGAGUACCUGGCCGAUAUCUCCCUGAUAGAUCUACUUCCAGAUAUGCGGUAUAUAUCAAGUAUUGCAACGAGGGAAGUAGCACGGAACAGGAUUGGGGGAUCGAUCAUUACAGAAGUAAACACAGUGUAGAACUUGCGGUUUGUAGAUUCACGGGAACGAUCAUCCAACAGUUGACUUGUAUACUCGAGCUGUAGAAGUAUUGUUUUACGACUAAGAUAGCUGUGGAUCAUAUUCUAGGUGUUGAUAAUUUCCGUUUCCUUGUGCUAGGUUGCGCACUCUCGGACGCUGCGUGUUGCAUAGGCUCUGUGCAGAUGCGCCAGCUACCAACCUAAUUACAUGAUCGUUCCCUAG